UCAUCACCACCGGCCAUCACUGCUUCAUUGUACGGGCUGCUGCUGAUGCUGAGAUCGUAGCGGUUGGGGGGGUGGGAAUUUUUCGACAAAAUGAGCAUGUCAUGGACACGGUUUCACACAGAUUAGGACUCCACACGCGAAGAGAAUCAAUUGCGAGCCAUCUUGCAUGAUAGGAGAAUGAGGAAGAGGAGGAACUGGAAACCUUGGGAGUGCCUUGGAAUGUUUCUGUGAAAUCUCAAUGAAAGCAUUAGAAGAGCGUCUCUAGUAUUUGACUCAAUGGCCAAGAAAGGGCGUACGAAGGGCGAGAAGCCCGAAGCGCUCGUCUCUGCCCUACAGGCAGCCAAUGAAGAUCUCAGGUCCAAGCUGACUGACAUUCAGAUAGAGCUACACCAAGAAAAAUGCAAGGUGAGCAAACUGGAGCGUGACAAGCUGCAGGAGGUGAAGCGGGUGCGAGAGCAGGAGCAGCACCGUCACACUGCCAUGUUAACAGAACAGCGGGCCAAGUGGCACGAGGAAAAGCAAAAGGAGCUCCAGGCUCUCAGGGAAAACCUGACACGGCAGCAUGAGCAGGAGCUGGCCCGCCACGCCAAAAUCAAAGACCAGGAAAACCAGAGGCUCAAAGCCGCACUGAGCGCCAUGCGCGAUGGAAGCGGAGAGAAGGUGCGCACAGCACUGACCCUGGAAGCCAAGGAGGAUGCACGUCGCUUCUUUGACCAGGAGAGAGUGAAGCUCCUGCAGGAGAUAGCGGAGCUGAAAUCUUCUAAGAAGCAGACCGAUGAGGCUCUCAGCAACAUGAUCCAGGCCGACAAGAUGAAGGCUGGCGACCUGCGGGUGGAACACCAGCAGCACCAGGAGCAGAUCUCCAAGAUCAAGUGGGACUGUGAGAGAGACAUCCGCAGACUGGUGGAUGAAAUUAAAUCUAAAGACCGCACCAUCUUUGCUCUGGAGAAGGAAUUGGAGUCAACAGUGGGCUUCUUGCAGAAGCUGCAGCUUCAGAAGGACGCCCUGGAUGAACAGCUUUUUCUCGUCAAGGAGGCUGAGUGCGGCUUGGGAAGCCCGAAACGAGAGAUUCCAGGCAGAGCUGGAGAUGGAGCUGAGCACUGCGGCAGCCCAGACCUGAGGAGAAACCAGAGGCGCAUUGCUGAACUCAACUCGACUAUACGCAAAUUAGAGGACCGCAACUCACUGCUGGUCGAUGAGAGGAAUGAACUGCUGAAGCGAGUUCGAGAGUCGGAGAAGCAGUGUAAGCCCCUGCUGGACAGGAACAAGCUGCUGAGUAAGAGGAAUGAUGAUUUGACUCAGACUAUCCAGAAGCUGGAGGAUAAACUCAGGAGCCUGGCCAAAGAGAACCUUGAGAUGAAGGAGAAGAUGAGCUCCCAUCCUCCACUGAAGAAGCUGAAAUCUCUGAAUGACCUGGACCAAGCCCAUGAUGACCAGGAAAUAGCCUUUCUCAAGCUUCAAGUCCUGGAGCAACAAAGCAUGAUUGACGAACUGACAAGAGACAGAGAAAAACUACUACGAAAGAAAAGGCAUAAAAGAAGUUCGAGGCCAAUAAAGAGGCACAUCGUAGUGGACACCUUCUUUGGGUAUGAUGAAGAGUCUAUGGACUCGGAGACGUCCUCAGUGGCUUCGUUCCGGAUGGACAGAACUCCUGCUACUCCUGAUGAAGACCUGGAUGAGGGUAUUUCCAACGAGGAGGCGGAGCUGCGUUUCCGUCAGCUGACCAGGGAGUAUCAGGCCUUACAGCGAGCCUAUGCCCUGCUGCAGGAACAGAAAGGAGGCAUUCUGGAUGCUGAGAUGGAAGCAAGGGCUCAGGAACAGCUCCAAGCAGACGUUCUCAGGUAUAAAGCCAAAAUAGAGGACUUGGAGAAGGAACUGAACCUGAAGGGACAGGACUCCAAAUGGGUGGAGGAGAAGCAGCUCUUCUUACGAAGGAAUCAGGAGCUAUUGGAUAAGGUGGAAAAGUUGGACUCAGAGUGCAGUCGACUGCAGCAGGAGCUACAAGACUCCAAAGACCAGAAUGAACUGUUAGAGUUUAGGAUAUUGGAGCUAGAGGAGCGAGAGAGGAGGUCACCUCCAUUCAACCACCUGAGAAUGCAUCCCUUCUCUGAGGGAGUCAGUGCACUGCAGAUUUACUGUAUGAAGGAGGGGGUCAAGGACGUGUGCAUACCAGAUCUCAUAAAACUUCUAGAUAUCCUGGGAGACAACGGGAACUUAAGAAAUGAGGAGCAAGUGGCCAUUAUCCAGGCUAGCACUGUUUUGUCACUAGCAGAAAAAUGGAUUCAACAGAUUGAGGGGACGGAGGCAGCGCUGCACCAGAAGAUGGUGGACCUGGAGAUAGAGAUGGAGAUGUUCUGUAAACAGAAAGGAUAUCUAGAAGAGGAGCUGGACUACAGAAAACAGGCCCUAGACCAGGCCUACAUGCAAAUCCAGGAGUUGGAAGCAACGUUAUACAACGCCCUGCAGCAGGACAAGGUGAUAAAGUAUGGCGAGCCUCUGGAUGAGCUUCAGAAGGACGAGCUGCGGACGGCGGUGGAGAAGCUGAGGAGGCAGAUGCUGAGGAAGAGUCGAGAGUACGACUGCCAGAUCCUCCAGGAGAGGAUGGAACUCCUGCACCAGGCGCACCAGAGAAUUCGUGACCUUGAAGACAAGACAGAAAUCCAGCGGAGGCAGAUUAAAGACCUGGAGGAAAAGGUGGUGUGUCAGCUUGGAGAUCUUGUUUGUGACUGCAGUGUUAUUUAUUUUCUGGGCAAGUGGGGAACAAUGUGCGUAGCAGUGGCUGCUAGUGUCAUUACAUCAGUGACUGCUGUAUAGGUGGAUGUGUCGUGUGUUGGCCGUGGACGUUCACACUUCAGAUUUUAUUCUUUUGUGUUUUUAAAGGGGUGUGGGGUUCUCAGGAUGCUGCCCAGGAUGAUGGGGUAUUUUUAGAGCGGUAUUGGACAUUAAACGUCUCUCCAAACAGCUGGAACUACUGUAACAGACUGCAAGAAUGACACACAAUUUGAGAGACACUUACAAUAGAUGCACACACACAUAUACCUACAUGCAUACAGUUUACGGACACGCAUGCAUGCAGAUGCAAACACACACGCACACACACGCACACACACACACACACACACACACACACACAUGCUUUGACAAAUCCAAACCAAAGCCUGGGAAAUGUUCUCUCUGCCAUGCAGGGUAAUAAUAUGUCAUUCACCACCAUUUAGCCACAGUGGGAAUAUAAACAGACAGAAAAACUCAUAGACAACGAGGCAAACAAACCGCCAGACCACAACUUGUCUUCUUUUUCUCUUCUUUCCUUUCCUUUCCAAACCUGAAAGGACAUUCUUCACGAAUGCAACCUCUUAGUGAAUAGAAGCGAGCCAACUCAGGGCCCAUGAGUGCAGAGGCCGAUUCAGGUCAGAUUAUAACAAGGAACAUUCGGGACAUGGUGUGUCACCGGCUGGCCUGCCCUCGCUGUUCCCAGAAUGGUGCUUACACAGACUGCUUGGACUCUCCAGAGGUUAUACCUGAAAAAAAGGACAGAAUUACACUGCAGAGACUGGUGUGUACAGACACUAAAGGGGGGUACAGGACACUCAGGUUGACACGUUUUCACCGGACACACAUAACAGACUUAAGUGAAGCGAGAUUAAAAAAAGAGAAAGAAAAGAUUACGGGGGGAAAUUACACUCUCUGAUCCAGCUCCACUCAACCUGGAUCUCCACAGAAAAACCAAUGGAUUGUCAAACCGCUUCUUAAUUUGUCUUAAAAACCAGCAGACUCGAAGAGCUUUACUCUCUGGUUAUCUUUUUUCUCCUUUAUUUUUUACAGCUCCUACCACUCAGAUACUGUGUCCCACGAUUUCCACUGCGAAACAACAUCCCUAUUCUGUACUGUAAUAUAUACAUUUGUUGAUAUGUACAUGUGUCUGAAUUAUUUCAUGUAGUUUCCCCUUUUAUUUCUGUGAAUAGUUGCACUUUUCUUUUACUCUCUGAAGCAGCUUGAACAGUUGAUGUACUUUGCAGUUUAUAAAUGGCUCAAAAGGGUAUAAAUUGCUCUGUUUUAUUGUGGUGACAGCUGCAAAGAUGAAUUUUAUUUCCUUAAUUAUAAAUUAUAACUGAAAAAUCGUUGGAAUAUGAAUGUGAAAUAAUGGAUUAUUUGCCUCCCCUUUCCUUUGUCCGCCCUCUCUCUCACACAGUAUACUGUAUAUAUUAUUCUACUCUCUAAAAUGUGUCGCUCUGGUUGACCAGUAGGGGGUGCUGGUUUCACCUGAGCGACUUUCAAUUUGCCCUUUAAAGUUACAUGAUCUUUUAACAAACUUGUAAAAUAUCUUCAUCAACUCUGGUUGAACGAUUGGUCGGUUUAAAUUCAAAUCUAACAGUUGUGUCAUCAGUACUUUCUUGUUACACAAAAAAAUGGACAAAAGCUAAAUUCAUCAGUUGAAUUUCACAUGACUGAAAAGACAGAAAAAUAACAUUAUAACUUCACCCAUCUGUCCCAAGAAUACUGCAGGUUGUCUCUCUACCCCUCUUUUUUUACUAACCAAAAUUUGUUUGAUACUAACAACCUUCUUUUACUAAACACUACUUGCCAUUUAGGCAUCCACUUUCCCAAAAUGAAACAGGAGAAAGUGAAUGCAACACUACACCUGCUCUACUUCUCUCCUGUCAGGCUAACUCUCCAGUCCCUGCAAUAUUUACCAGUAGACUUGUUCCCUAUGUACCUGAGCUAGUGUAUCUGCCAUCAUACCACUCCUCUGGCUCCAUUCACAGGUCUAGGGUAUCUAGACAUCUCAUUACGCAGUGGACAGUAGCUAUGACCCCCUCCAUUCACUUUACCAAGGGGAAUGACUGAGACUAUUUUUGUGCAAACUCAGCUAACUAGCAGUUGCCUUAAAUGCACUUUCCCCUUUUUUUCCACAAUUAUUUUUUCAGGCGGUUGAUAUUAUCAUGUAAUGUAAUGUAAUGUAAUGUAUAUUUUUUUGUUUUUAUUUCACAGAAGAUUUUUUUUAAUCUUUACCCCGUCUGUCUUCCAGCGAGAAUUUUACCCCUCCUCCUACUUUCGUCUAUAUUAUUAAAUAAACUGAAAAAAAUGAGCAAUGCUGUAAAAAAUAAAAAAAUUCAUGGCCUUUGA